CUGGCCCAUCACCAAAAGAUCUGUACGCCAAAUCAAACUAACUACGUAUUCUAGUUUGUUUGUAUUAGCACAACCAAACUUCAAUUGAGUUCAAAAAGGCUGCUAUCUUGUACUUUAUCAUACAUAUCCCAAAAAAUCCUUCUGAAGUCUUUUUGCUACUUGCCGGUCCAUCACUCGAAGAUCUGUAGCAUAUUGUCUGAGACAGUACGAGAAUUUCACACAAAAAGGCCAAAAGCGACUUUUUACACUCAAAGAGAAUCGAUUGAAAAUGGAUUUGAACAAAAGCCACCUGAUUGUUGUGGCCAAUCAACACGUGCUUCUCAGGUUGCCAUCUGAAGCUUUAAAGGUGGUACACUUGAAGGAAGAUGGAAUCAUCAGUUUGGGAAAAUUUGGAGCCUUCAAAGUUAGCAGUAUACUCGGGCAUUCAUUCGGCACGACAUUCGAGAUUAUAGAAGAUCAAGUAGCUGUCCCCGUCAAAUCCUUGACGAGCGUGGAAGAAGUCCCAGAGAAUGAAAUCGAUGAGGAGCAGCUUACAAAAGAUCAAGUGACCAAGUUUUUCGAAGUGAGCGCCGAGUCAAAUCAAGAUAUCAUCAAUAUCGGAUCGAAAAUUCAGAAAUUGGACAGCAAGCAAAUUGAUGACCUCAAGAAGUCUGGUGCAUCAUCCGACAUCGGACAGAAAAUUAUUGAACAGAUUAUUGCAGGCCACUCUGCUUUUGACAAGAAAACGCUAUUUUCCCAGCAGAAGUACUUACGUCGGAAACAGCAGAAAUUCUUGCGCCGAUUCCAGGUCGAAUAUUUGGGUCUGUCUCAACUUUUGCAGUACUAUAUCGACAAGGAUAUUCAGAGGGUUAGAGACAUGAGCGAGGAAACGUUGGGUAUGUUGCUCAGUCAUGCCAAUAUUCGUCCGGGCGGAAACUAUUUGCUUGUUGAUGACACUUCAGGUGUAGUUGCAUAUGCUAUGUUGGAGAGGAUGAAAGGAGAGGGAAGUAUUCUUCUUAUUCACGAAAAUGAGCAUGCAAACUUGGCAGCUUUGCGUCAUUCGGAUUACUCUGACGAGUUCCAAAAGAAAAUGAUUAAGACUUUGAGCUGGCUUCAAUUUGCUGAGCCAGAAAACGAGAAGAUUGACUGGGAAGAACUCCCACAGGAAGCCAUUGAUGAGAUGAAGCCCACAAAGAAACUUCAGUAUCAUAGAAGGCUGAAGAGGGCCGCUGAAAUCAAUGAAGCUUUGGACAUGGUAACUCAGAGUAAUUUUGAUGCAUUUGUUUCUGUUUCGAGUCUCAAUAUGCCCUCAUUUUUGUCGUUGGUUGUUCCUCGCGUGGGCGGAUCACGCCCGUUGGUAUUUUACAGCCCGUUCAAGGAAGCUCUUUUGGAGACCCAACACGAGCUCUCCCGCGACAAGAGAGUGUUGGCUCCUUCAAUAUAUGAAACCAAGGCUAGAAAGUACCAAACGAUACAAGGCCGUUUACAUCCACUUAUGACUCUGCGAGGAUACGGUGGUUACAUUUUGUCUGGUACUAGAGUGUUUCCAGCUGAUGGUCACAUUCAUGCUGUUGGUAAAGGAACGAGGAAGAAACCAAGACAGGAGACAUCUGCUACUCCAGAGGCAAGCACCACAAUUCCGGUAGAAUCUGCAAAGGGGAAGCCCGACGCUGCCAUGGAAGAGUAGGUGACCGGACGCCCUUCCGUAAGAAAAGGAACACACUCAUCUCGAGAUACUAUGAAUUUAUAGAACCUUCCAUUUCAACUAAUCUUUCGCUUUGGUCCACUUCAACCUAGUUUCAUUAUUUUAUGUAUCCCCCGUUCACCAACAGGCGCAAAAAUGACAUUGCAGAGCCUCUCUUCCACGCUACUACACAACGCAAAUUGUUUGCCAGGUCAACAUACCUGCCACACAACCAGUCGUGUGGAAGCUUUUCAGCUGUUCUUAAGACUUGAUCCUCGUAUCCAAGCUCGAAGAUUAAGCCAGCAGAUAGCAGUGGU